AAGACCUCUACUACUGGCACUACAUAUUGUGGUUCCAGGUUCGACUCUGCUGGUUCUUAUAAUCAUAAACAAACACUCGGACGAGCCUCAGUUCGAAGAGUAGCCCCGAGCCCACGCGUUACUAGCAAUCCAAACAGGCUUUCGGUCAGCCAACAAUGACCUCACCAGUCCUCCUCCGUUUCGCACCAUCUCCGACAGGACCCCUGCACCUCGGGGGCUUACGCACGGCCCUUGUGAACCAUAUACAUGCGAGGAAAUUAGGUGGGAAGUGGUUGUUGAGGAUCGAGGAUACCGAUGCGGCGCGCGCUGUACCGGGGUCGGUGGAAGGCAUAAGGGAAGGUCUGGCUUGGGCGGGGUUGGACUAUGAUUAUGGUCCGGGGAAGGCUGGGCCACACGGUCCGUAUUUCCAGUCCCAGCGACUUGACCUGUACCACUUCUACGCGAAGAAGCUCCUCGACACUGGCCAUGCGUAUCGCUGCUUCUGUACUGCAGAUGAACUUCAAAGCACACGCGAACGGCUCGCGAGGUCAGGUCUGAACCAGACGUACGACAAGAAGUGUUUGAAUCUAACGGAGGAGGAGGUGGCGAGGAGAGUGAAGGCGGGAGAAAAGAGUAUUGUUAGGUUGAACGAUUCAAUGCCUCCCCGGCGAACAUCUCCCCCGGACCUCAUAUUCGGUCACCUACGCGAUGCACACGCGUCUCUCCCAACAGACCCGGUACUACUCAAGUCUGAUCUGUUCCCGACCUAUCAUUUAGCUUCAGUCGUCGACGACCACGAAAUGGGCAUCACACAUGUUCUGCGCGGCGAGGAAUGGCUUCCAUCCGUCCCAUUACAUCUCGACCUCUACGCCUCUUUCAAUUUCGAGCCACCCCAAUUCGCUCAUUUACCCAUCCUCCUCAACCCCGAUGGGUCGAAAAUGUCAAAACGGAAGGGAGACGUCCGCGUCGUAGAUUUCAUCGAACGAGGGUGGGAACCACAGGCUGUCGUGAAUUGGCUGGCACUUGCUGGCUGGGGCGUACAUGACCAUUCACAUUCGCACUCACAUUCAUCAGAGGCAUCUUCUUCGAACUCGGACUCGGACUCGUCGAGUGCUUCUUCGUCGAAACAAACUGCGGCACCCGAUAGUACAACGGUCAUGUCUCUUCCGGAGAUCAUCCAGCACUUCGAUCUCUCAGCCGUGACACAUCGACGUUCGGUCCUCGACCCAACCAAACUUGAAUACCUCAACAAACACCAUCUCAUGCGCGAUUUCUCGUCCGAGGAAGGUUUACAGGCCUUUGCGGAGAGGAUGCAGCCGGAUAUCAAAGCAGCUUAUCCUGACAGCGACUCGACAUCAAUACCAUACCUCAAAAAAGUCAUCCUCGCCCUCCAGGGCCGGCUAAUGACUGCCCCCGACCUCCUCACCACCGCUCCUUACUUCUUCCAACCACCAUCCUACACAAGCCCCGAAUCCCAAGCGCUCGUCACAGCCAUCCCCUCCCACGAAAUCUACCUCCAAGCCCUCCAACCCACACUCGAGCGCCUCCGAGCCAUUCCGUCGCAAGAAUGGGAGGCUUACGAUGUGGCGAGCGUUCUGCACGAGGAGAAUAAGAAGACGGGGUUGAAGUCGAAGGUGUACAUGACGGUGAUGCGACAUGCGUUGAGCGGGAUGAAGAGUGGCCCGAGCGUACCCGAAAUUAUGAAGGUGCUAGGCCAGGAGAAGACGUUGGCGAGGUUGGAAGACGCUGCGUCUAGAGUAGGGGAGUGGUACCCUGAGGAGUCAUGAUGCAUCUACGAAAUGUAUGUCUGCCAAAUUUGUUCUCGCGAUGGUUAUGGGCCAAAGGAGAAACUACGUGAUGAAGACCAUGGUCAAGGCUGACUGUCAAGCACCGAAGACACAAAUAUCAUCCGGAGGCAUAAGGAUGAUUUGAAAUCUUGACCGUUGACACUAUCGGACGCUACGGCACAGCACUUAUAACUGCAAAAGUCCUUUGUAGUCUCGUCGACUGGAAGUUGCAAGGGAGUGCAGAAGAUAAAUGAGGGGAACUCAAGUGAUAUUAUU